AUGGAGCGGAGCUACGACAAGCGACAUAGCAAGCAUCAUAAGGAGAAACACAAGAAACGGGCACACAAAAAAUACAGGAGUCACUCCAGUGCAGUAUCGAGGAAGAGACGAGGACUGGAAUAUGUGGAAGCUGAGCCUGACUUCGAUGAUCACUCCUGUUAUAAGAAAAAAAAGGAGAAGCGUAAAAAGGAGAAAAAGAAACGUAAGAAGAAGUCAAAGCAUCGGUCAAGGUCCGCUAGUCUAGAAAGUGUAUCUCCUGAUGACAAUGUACUUGUGGAGACUCCUGUUCGUCCAUCAACCCCCAAGAGAUACCAGCAAGUGCCUAUUAGUGAAUGGGAGAAGGCAUCUUCCCCACUCCAAAAUGGCUCAUGUUCUCCAGUAUCUCCAUCCACACCACCUUUAAUGAGGGGGAGACAUGAUGACCCACAUCAACUAUGUCUUCCAAUGCACAGAGAGCCACCUAUGCAUAAUGUGAUGUAUUCACCACGCAGGGAAAGAUCUCCUAUUAUUAGUAUCCACCUGAGAAGGAGACAAAAGUCAAUGACACCACACACGCCUUCCGUGCCUCCAUAUCAUGAGACUGUUACAAUAGAUUCUGAUAAUGAACCAGAUUAUGAAAGAGUGAGAAGAGAUUACUGGACGGAUCACCGAGGCCAAUCACCCAUCAUGAUCAUAUCAGAUUCCCCGGUGCACGAGCCAGUGCGCGUCCGCGAAUAUAGCCCUAGACGGGGCCAUAGACGCCGUAGCCCCCGACGCCGUCACCGCAGUAGGGAGCGCGAGCGGCACAGAGAGUCCCGGGUGCACCAUAGAUCACAUAGCCGCAGCUCUUUAAAGAGAAGGCGGUCAGUAUCGCGCAGUAGACGGCGAUCUUCAUCACCUCCUAGGCACAGGUCACGCCAUGCUGAAGCUGCUAAAGAGAGACAUAGAAAUAAACAUGAGUCACCCAGUCCACCGUCAGCACUACAAAGGAAGAUCGACUUGAAGGAGAAGAUUAGCGAUACAAGCUUAUUUGCGGAGCUUGUUAAGGAUAAACACAAAAGGGCUAAGAAACUACAAGAGAUCUUAAGCCAAAAGGAGGAGGAGUCUCAAGGAGCAAUCUCUUCCUCAACUUCUAUUAAUAAUCCAGAAAUUAUGACUAUUGAUGAACUUUCCAACGCUACCGCCGACAGUUCAACACAGGCUUCAAAGGAGAAUGGUGAAAACAAAGAGGCGCCCCAAGAAAUUGUUGAUAUACCAAUGCCAACACUAACAAGUUCUGAAUCCAACCUGCCGAGUGCACAACCGCCGUCCAUAUCCGAUUCCUGCGAACCAAAGCCAACCGCCAAUGGAGAGACGACUGAUAGCAAUGAGGCUGAGACGAUGCCCCUUCAGCCCCAAAAACCACAGACGCCACCGCCAGUGGUCGCCGCGCCAACGUCGACAGCACCCACGCCCCUGCCACCACUGCCAAAGGUCGGUGGCAGCGUCGUGGACGGAGUGUACUUGCAGAACAGUCAGCUGGCACCUGCGCAGAAGCCUAAGAGUCUGACAAAACUGCCCAUGCCACCUAAUACUCAGGUUGAAGACUUAAAAACUUUGGUAAAUGAGAGUCCUUUGAGUACGCCAUCGCCUAGUCCCGUUAAGAAAUCGGAAAAACCCAAGCGAACUGGCAUCAUGAACCUACCAAUGCCUCCAUUGGUUCCUGAAACUGACGGGUUGAGUGGCGACGAGCUGGAUGGCUCUACGCCUCCGCCGGCGCCGCGCCGUGACUCAUACUCCCACGUGUUCAGCGCGCGCUCAAAGCAACGGGAUCCAAAUUCUGGGUCAAAACUGAAAAGGCCAAGGAUCUUGAAGAGACGGGGCUCCAAAGUUGUACCAGUAGCUACGCCCACUUAUCACGCCAAAGACUGGGGAGAAAAAUGUGUGGAUGGCUUCCAGGUUAUAACACAAAUUGGAGAAGGUACCUAUGGACAGGUAUACAAGGCAAGGGAUAAAAACACAAGUCAGUUGGUUGCCUUAAAGAAAGUACGACUAGAGAACGAAAAGGAGGGAUUCCCGAUUACCGCUGUACGAGAGAUCAAGAUCCUGAGGCAGUUGAACCAUAAAAAUAUAGUUAAUUUACGGGAAAUAGUUACAGAUAAACAGGAUGCUUUGGACUUUAGAAAGGAUAAAGGUUCAUUCUACUUAGUAUUUGAAUACAUGGACCAUGACUUAAUGGGCCUUUUGGAGUCGAAAAUGGUCGACUUCACGGAGUCCCACAAUGCUUCUAUAAUGAGGCAGUUGCUUGAUGGACUAGCCUACUGCCACAGAAAAAACUUCCUCCAUCGAGACAUCAAAUGCAGUAAUAUAUUAAUGAAUAACAAGGGUGAGGUAAAACUUGGUGACUUUGGUCUAGCUCGGCUUUGGUCAGCUGAAGACAGGCAGCGUCCUUAUACAAACAAGGUGAUCACAUUGUGGUACCGACCACCUGAAUUGCUGCUUGGUGAGGAGCGUUAUGGGCCAUCAGUCGAUGUCUGGUCUAUGGGUUGUAUUCUAGGAGAGUUGUUCCUUAAACAUCCUCUGUUCCAAGCCAAUGUAGAAAUGAUGCAGCUGGAGAUGAUAUCGCGCGUUUGCGGAACACCGGUGCCCGGUGUUUGGCCCAACGUGGUCAAUCUGCCUCUAUGGCACACUUUGCGGCCAAAGCGGUUCCACAAGCGCUGCGUGAGGGAGCAGUUCGCCUUCAUGCCCGCUCCCGCACUGAACCUUUUGGACCGGAUGUUGGAACUGGACCCCGAGAAGAGGAUCACCGCUGAGGAGGCUCUCAAGAGCCCCUGGCUAAAGAAUGUUGUCCCAGAACAAAUGCCUGCACCGGAGUUACCAACGUGGCAGGAUUGUCACGAGCUGUGGUCAAAGCAAAGGCGGCGACAGCAACGCGAACAAGAACAGGCCAAACCAAAGGCAUAUGGAUACCCUAAUAACGACUCUGAGAAGGAUGGUAACUUUAAACACAAUGAAUCCUCCAACCAAUCAGAUUCAAGUUACAAAAGUGAACCAUACAAAAUGGAGAGUGGUUUCAAGGCUACAGAGCCGACCCAAGAGACCGUGGGACAGGUUAAA